GGUAAAUUGCUAAUCCUUUUUCAACCUUCCCGAUGCGUUUUCUGCAAUUAUGCGUCACAUGCUUUGUUGAUAGAGUUCGAAGCGGUCUGCCUCGGGGUGUCAAAAGACCCAUUCUUAUCCAUCUAUAAAUAGCAAAAGGAAUUACCCAUUGUUUUGCUGAGGAUAUUUUGAGAGAAAAAAAAGGAUGUUGGUGAUGGGAAUAAGCUUGCAAUGUUUGAUGGACUUGGUGUUAGCUGGAUUUUCCCUAAUGAUUGGGUUGGGGAUUUUCGCUUUUAUUGCUUCAAUUUUAUGCUCUGCUGCUUUCUAUCAGAAUGCAAAGCAACUUUCUUGAGACCCCUUUGGAUUUAGGAUAGAAAAAACAUGAGAAAUAAAAUGUGUCCUUCCACUAUCUGGCACUCUUGCUGCUUGUAAGCCAGGAACUGCAUGGAGAGAUGAAUUGAGCUGAUACCAUUUCAACUGUUUUGUUGUUUGUAAUAGGUAGAGAAAAGUAUGUGCCCUUAGAAAAAAGGCAUUUGUUAUGCAAUAGAUAAAUUAAUAUGCAGUUUUGAGACGGCCAGCUAUUUCCCCUUGUGAUACAUAAAUAGUUUGAUGUUUUAGAAAAUAAGAAGGAAUUUUUUACAAUUCUA